AUGCCAAAGAAACUCGUAUCGGCCAUCAACGAUCAUAUGAUUCAUACCACCGCCGUCGUCGUGCUGGAGCAGAACCACGACCUCGGCGGCCAGUGGCUCUACCAAGACGCUGGCUCCGGCGCUGCCACAGUCCACAGCAGCGUCUACGCCUCCUUGCGCCUCAACACGCCGAGAAUUUACACAGAGUUCAGCGACUUCAUGUUCACUCCCGUCGAAGGAAGAGACACCAGGAACUUCCCCGGCCACCGCGAGUUCUUCCUCUACCUCAAAGACUUCGCCCGGUGUUUCGGGUUGAACGAACUCAUCAGGUUCAACUCAGAAGUAGUCCACGUCGGCAUGGCGGCAGCAACUGGCAAAUGGAUUGUGAGAUCAAGGGACAGGAGAACUGAUGACGGUGAGUUCAUGGAAGAGAUCUUUGAUGCGGUCGUCGUCGCCACCGGCCAUUUCUCUCUACCCAGGCUCCCAAAAAUCAAGGGAAUGGAGGAGUGGAAGAGGAAGCAACUUCACAGCCAUGUCUACAGAGUCCCAGAGCCAUUCCAAGAUGAGGUGGUAGUGGUCGUUGGUGGCUCAAUCAGUGGACCAGAGAUUGCUCUGGAGCUUCUUUAUGUUGCCAAAGAAGUCCAUAUAAGUACUAAACACGUCGAAAUCCCUCAUAAAUUAGUGAAGCCUGUGUCCAAAUAUGCACAUCUGCUCUGGCACCAAGAGGUAAUUGUUGAAGUUCUGUUGAUAUUAUUGUCUUCGAUCCAUAGCAUGAAGACAAUGAUAUUUAGUAAAAGAUUAUCAGACCAAAUUGAGUGA